CUCCUUCCUUCGUUUCUUUUCAUAUUCUUGUGCUUGUUAUUUGUCUCCUUUUGUUUCCCUUUUAUUUAUUUAUUUAUUAUUUUUAUCUUUUUUAUGAACUUUACCUUUUAUCUCCUUAAAAUCAAUCGUUAUCUUUCUCUUCUUUGUUCUUCUGCAACUUUCAUGGCGGUUUUACCCACCGGCUCUUCACACUUGGAGUUGACGAUAUCUGUUCCUGGUUUCGCUUCUUCCCCUUCUUUCCCUUCUUCUGGUGAUCAAGGGGGUUGUACGGUGAGAGAUUUGGAUAUAAACCAAGUACCAGCAGAAGAUGAAUGGAUCACAGCAAGCAUGGAAGAUGAAGAAGAAAGCUGCAAUAAUGGUGCCCCUCCUCGAAAAAAGCUUCGUCUUACAAAAGAACAGUCUCGCCUUCUUGAAGAAAGUUUCAGACUAAACCAUACCCUAAACCCUAAGCAGAAAGGGGCAUUGGCUUUGCAGCUGAAGCUUAGGCCAAGGCAGGUUGAAGUUUGGUUCCAGAACCGUAGGGCCAGGAGCAAGUUGAAGCAGACAGAGAUGGAAUGUGAGUACCUGAAGAGAUGGUUCGGAUCACUGACGGAGCAAAACCGAAGGCUUCAAAGGGAGGUGGAAGAGCUUAGGGCCAUGAAAGUAGCACCACCGACCGUGAUAUCGCCUCACAGCUGUGAGCCUCUGCCUGCGUCCACCCUGACUAUGUGUCCUCGGUGCGAGCGUGUGACCACCACCACCACUGCUGCCAUCGAAAAGGGCUCCGCCAAAAUGACUGCCGCCACCAACCCCACCGCCACCACUUUGUCCUCUAAGGUAGGAACAUCAGCCCUCCAAUCAAGGCCAUCUUCGGCGGCUUGUUAGCUAGUCAGGCUUAAUGAUCCACUUUAUCAACUUAAUUUAAAAAAGGGGAAAUGAUUUAGGGAAUGUUCAUAUUAGUUUACACACAAUUGUAAGGGGUAGAUACUACAUAUCGGCAUCUAAUCUACAUAGGGAUUUUACUUUGUUUUUGCUUUCUCUUUAUUUUAUUGAUCAAUAUUUUAUUA